AAAACCAGAAACAAAACUCCAUGGCUUCUCAAACCUUGCAUGAAACAAAGAAAUCCCAAGCCAAAAGAGCCCUACGUUCCCUAGCAAUAGGAAUAACAAUUCCCUUCGCCAUAACCCUAACAAUAAUCAUCCUCUUCGGCUCAAGCAAACGGUACAAUGUUUUAUCCAAACCCUUCUGGUUUGCACCACUUUGGUACAUUCACUCAGCAACCUUGGGCUCAUCUCUGUGCAUGGGACUGGCUGCAUGGUUGGUUUGGGCCGACGGUGGAUUCAAAGGCGAAUCGGAUGCGUUGUGUUUCUACGUAGCGCAUAUCUCUUUGAGCAUUGUUUGGCAUCCUCUUGUUCUUGUUAUGAAUGCUUAUGCGGUUGCGGCGGUUUCGGGUGCGGUUAAUUGUGUUACGCUUUUGAUUUGUUAUUUGAGGUUUAGGAAGGUUAAUCCGUUUGCUAAGGAUUUGGCUAAACCGUGUUUGGCUUGGACGGUUUAUCUUACUCUUGUUAGUUUUAAGUUGAUGCUUCUUUGAUCGUAGGUUUGUAUAGUUGUUGAUUAUUUGAUAAUGGAAAUUUUUAACGGUUUUAGAUUAUUAUAUGGUGUUUUGAGGAAGAGAGAAAUUAUAAUUGUUGCCAUUUUUCAUUUUUGCACUUUGAUCAUAACUCGUUAAAAAUGCAUUUAGUUCAUAAGUUGUUCGAUGCUGAGAAGUGAGACGGAAGAGAGAAGAAUAGCGGUAGUUACAGGGGUGGCUAUGUCCAUGGCGUUAGAAUCUACCAACACGGCGGAGGUGCAGGAAAUAUUGACUAUGGUUGCAAAAAAUGAGGGGUGGUUUGACCUAAUUUGGCAAAGAUUCAGCUUGUCCAACAUAAU